GAAAGCGAAUUUGGCAGCCAACUACUUCAGAAGCGGGGUUUGUAGCUCUGAAACCUGGUUGGGAGAUUCUGGACUGUUCUGCUAACGUGCUCUAGGUGACCCUGCUGGAGCAGGGGGUGGACUCGGUGAUCUCCAGAGGCCCCUUCCAACCUCAGCUGCUCUGUGCAGCGUUGUGAAACGAUUCCAGCUCUGGGACAACUGCACUGAACUACAAUGCAGGCACAUGAGUUGUUCAGACAUCUACGGAUGCCGGAACUUGGGGAUGUCAGGCAGUAUGUGCGCACCCUUCCAACAAACACGCUGAUGGGUUUUGGUGCUUUUGCAGCUCUCACAACCUACUGGUAUGCGACAAGACCGAAAGCAUUAAAACCACCAUGUGAUUUAGCAAUGCAGUCUGUGGAAGUAGAGGGUGGUGAGCAUGCUCGAAGGUCCUCUCUCCUUAAGAGUGAUGAAUUGUUAACUUGUUACUAUGAUGAUGUGAGAACAGCUUAUGAUAUCUUCCAAAGGGGGUUGCACGUUUCAAAUAACGGUCCAUGUCUAGGUGUUAGAAAACAAAACCAGCCAUACGAGUGGAUAUCCUAUAAAGAGGUUUCAGACAGAGCAGAAUACGUGGGCUCUGCAUUACUCCACCGAGGCUGUAAACCAUCUCAAAUCCAAUACAUAGGGAUCUUUGCACAAAACAGACCUGAGUGGGUGAUCAUCGAACAGGGAUGCUAUACAUACUCCAUGGUAGUGGUGCCACUCUAUGAUACACUGGGAACUGAAGCAAUUACAUACAUUGUGAACAAAGCUGACUUAUCACUGGUUUUCUGUGACACACCUGACAAGGCCAAACUUCUGCUAACUAGUGUGGAAAAGGGGGAAACUCCAAUCCUCAACACCAUUAUUAUCAUGGAACCUUUUGGCACAGAUCUUGUAGAACGUGGCAAGAAGUGUGGGGUGGAAAUCUUCAGCAUGAAAGAAAUAGAAGAACUAGGAAGAGCACACAGGCAAAAACCUAUGCCUCCGAAGCCAGAAGAUCUAGCAGUCAUCUGUUUCACCAGUGGAACGACAGGAAACCCUAAAGGAGCUAUGCUCAGUCAUGGAAAUAUAGUCAGCAAUGCUUCGGCUUUUCUGAAAACUACAGAGAAAACAUUUAUACCUACCCCUGAGGAUGUUCUGAUAUCAUUCCUGCCAUUGGCCCAUAUGUUUGAGAGAAUCGUUGAGUGUGUGAUUCUGUGCCAUGGAGCUCGGAUAGGAUUCUUUCAAGGGGAUAUCAGACUACUUAUGGAUGACCUAAAAACACUACAGCCAACUGUAUUUCCUGUAGUACCGCGACUGCUGAACAGAAUGUUUGACAAGAUUUUUGGGCAGGCAGAUACAUCAUUAAAGAGGUGGAUGCUAGAUUUUGCUUCCAAGAGGAAAGAAGCAGAACUUAGAAGUGGUAUAAUUAGAAACAACAGUUUUUGGGAUAAAGUCAUCUUCCGCAAAAUACAGGCAAGUUUGGGAGGAAGAGUAAGGCUGAUGGUCACGGGAGCAGCACCUGUAUCUGCAAGUGUAUUGACCUUCCUGAGGACAGCUCUUGGCUGUCAGUUCUAUGAAGGUUAUGGACAGACUGAAUGCACAGCUGGAUGCUCACUGUCAAUGCCUGGUGACUGGACAGCAGGUCAUGUUGGAGCACCAAUGUCAUGCAAUAUCAUAAAGCUUGUUGAUGUACAAGAAAUGAAUUAUUUGGCUGCCAAAGGAGAGGGUGAGGUGUGUGUGAAAGGGCCAAAUGUAUUCCAUGGCUAUUUGAAAGAUCCAGAAAAAACAGCAGAAGCUAUAGACAAAGAUGGCUGGCUUCAUACAGGAGAUAUUGGGAAAUGGUUACCAAAUGGUACAUUGAAGAUCAUUGACCGGAAAAAACACAUAUUUAAACUAGCCCAGGGAGAGUACAUAGCACCAGAGAAGAUUGAAAAUGUGUACCUGAGAAGUGAAGCACUUGCUCAAGUGUUUGUCCAUGGAGAGAGCUUGCAGGCCUUCUUAAUAGCUGUUGUGGUACCUGACCCUGAGACUCUGCGCAAAUGGGCCAAGAAAAGAGGAUUUGAAGGCUCAUAUGAAGAGCUCUGCAAAAACAAGGAUGUCAAAAAACACAUUCUGGAAGAUAUGGUGAGGAUUGGUAAAGAAUCUGGUUUGAAAUCGUUUGAACAGGUUAAAGACAUCAUCAUGCACACUGAAAUGUUUUCUAUUGAAAAUGGCCUGCUGACACCAACACUGAAGGCGAAGAGACCGGAACUACGAAAGUAUUUCCAGUCACAGAUAGAUGAACUCUAUGCUAAUACCAAAAUGUAACUGAGUGGAUUGAGGAAAGUGUCACACGUCUGUCUACUGUUAGCCUUCGUAUCUGUAAUUUGACUACAGCAAAUAUAGGGAAGGAAACUGUGCAAUCAUUAACUUGUACAAAAAUGGGUACUUGCCAUAGGAACACUGAAGAAAUGGAACACUGCCUUACUGUCAAGUCGUGUUGCAUACUGUUUUUAUGGUGACCUACAAUUUCCAAAAAGAGCCUUAAUUAUAAAUGGUAACUAUAUAUAAGUUAUUUAAGACUUCAUCGGCCAAAAAUGGACUCUCCUUAAACAAGGAGCUAAGGUUUUCUUAUUGCCAGCAUGUUUGCUGUCUGCAGUAUAUUUUGCAGUUGUCAAUUCCAAAAGGGAUUUGGCAGGUUUGAAAUGCCUCUAAGUAUCUUGCAUCCUCAGAAGGACUACACUAAUCUAUUCAAAAAAAAAAACCCUUACAGUUGUAUAGCUGGUAUCACAUCUUGCAUUGGUCCUAAUAUUAAUUUGGGCAAGGUAUUUGAGUUCUGAGUUUCUUCACUUCUGUCUACAGCCAGUUCUGAGGCUUACUUUUGUAAGGUAGAAGUCAGAACUCCACCCAAAGGAGACUGAUUAAUACAGGUUCAGAGUAAGUCUGGAUUUGGUGGUUCUGCACUAGCAGUGUAGAUGCAGUAAAUUUGGCAAGUUGUAGCCUCUGCUACAUUCAUGUAAUUCCAGAGUGGUGCCAGUCCUGUAAGAGAACAGACCCAAACUCUGGCAAGAACACUAGAGAUCCAGAAACAAAAACCAUUCAGGAGGCUAGGCUAUGCUGACAGGCAGGUAAACAUUGCACCUGUACUAGCCACUUGUUUCCUUGUAAUGAACGUGUAUUUAAAAUGCAUUUUAAAAAGUGCCAGGUCCCCUGUAAGCAGAAUAGCUUCUGCCAUAACCUCUGUUUUCUGUGCUCUGUGUAUGAGCCACUGAGUAUUUUUCACUGAAUAGCAAAAUAGGUCAGGUAGAAUGUUUUUUGCCUGAUGCUUUGCAGUAAUUGGAAGCAUUCAGAUAUGUCGACAGAACUGUUGGCACUGUAUAGGUAUUUGUUCAGGGAUGAGAAACUAAUUCCCAGAUAAACUACAAAACUAUUUACCUUCUGUUUCAGAAAUCAGCAGAAAUAAGCCUUAUUAUGGCAUAAGUCUCUUGCUAUUCUUAAGAGUUGGUUUUGCAUUAGCAUUCAUUGCUGUUUUUUGAAAACAUGGAUAUAUGUAAAAUACAAGCACAACAAGGUUUGCACUAAGAUUUGUGUGAUUGUAAUGCACUACUCUGUAGCAUAAUUUCAUACAUGUGUGCAAUUAAGGUACACAAAUCCAAGUCAACUGUUAGAGCAGUAGUUUAUUACAUUGGAAUUCAAAUGUUUGCUUAGUGUUGGCUAUUUCUAUGUUUUAUAAAACCAAAACAAUUUUCAAAACCAAUGAAGGAAACCAAAAUAAAUAUUUCUGCAUUUCAA